GCCGCAGCAACGCUUUAGUGUUGCCAGUGUAGACUAGCCCUGAAACAGCAUUCCCAGGAGGCUGAAUCCAAGCAAUAGUACUUUUGUAAAGGCACACAGAGGGCAUGAUGUAGCCACUUCACAUACAUCUGUGAUAGAAACACCCCUGAGGCAGGCAGCGGUGACUGCAUUGCUCCUGACUGAGUGAAUCUUGACUUGGCCUCUAGUUGCAGGUUAGCCAAGUAAUAGCAAUGAGAAAUGCAAUCCGACAUCUUAUUAAACAUGGUUCUCUUGGUCAUCGCAUUGUUCAGUAAAAUGGUGUUAAAAGGAACAGGUAGGUAGACUUUCUAAUUGCUUUAGUCCACUUCCAGCAGAACCCCAAGGACCUUUUAACUUUCUUUGAGCAUGUGGAGAAGGGCCCUCCUGGACGGGCAAUGUGGGCAUGGGAGGAAUGUAAACAGCAGGAGGUCAGAACAGGAAGCCUUUGUGACCUAGUCUAACUUCCCAACCCUAGUAGCAGGAUAAGAGAUGGAAGAAACCAGUGGUCUGAACCGCCUCUCUAACAGAUUGAAUUCCUGCUCUUGCCUGGGUUCCUGAAAAUGAUAAACACAACCCUGUUCAUUCAUUGCAUCCUGAAUAACUACCCCACAAUUGCCCACUACCCCCUUCCUCUCCCUUCCUCUGGCUUUUGCGAGGUUUAUUGGACUUUAAUCACGUAUUGAUUCUUGAAAACUGAUGUGGACUAUGAAACCAUUCUUGCUAUGCUAAAUUGCCAUGGUUGAAAUGAUAUGAGACUGGAUUUAUAGUUUACAGUUUAGAUAUAUUUUCAUGCCAAAUGAAAUUAAACAAAAUAUUUGAGGAAAAAGUGAAGAUAACAAUAAGAAAAUAUUAAAAUACAUUUUGGUCAGCCCAUUGCAUUUUCCCAAGUUUCCUUUAGAGGGCAGGAGACUACAGCAAAUGCUUUGAAACGGAACAUACCAUCAGCAUUUAUGGGAAGGCCUCUGAUGUAACACAGUCCUGUGACUGUCCAAUGUGACCAGAUGGCAGCGUCACAUCGCUAGCACAGUAUAAUCAACAAUCCUCUUAAAGCUGCAACUAUGUCUGCCAGGGCCCCUGAUAGAAUGCAGAUUAUGACAGAACUGGUCAACGAAACUGAGGUCAGUCUACUUGAAUGCAAAGUGUGUUUUGAAAAAUAUAGCCAGAAGAAGAAACACCGGCCAAGGAACUUACCUUGUGGACAUGUUAUAUGCUUGGAGUGUGUAUUCUCUCUAGCACACCCAAGGAAUUUUAGGUUGGAGUGCCCUUUCUGUCGAAGAGCUUGCAAAUCCUCAGAGACAAGUGACUGCUUACCAUUGCUGCACCUGAUAGAGAUCUUAAGCCGCGCAACUAAUAUUCCUUUAGCUUCAGGAACAACAACUGGGACAGGUGAUGAAGCAGCUGUAUCAGCAUCUCUUGGCUUAACGUUCAACCUUUCUUUCGGAGGCUGGGGGACGCUGAUUAAUCCGACUGGGAUUGCAAUGUGUCGGGGGUCUGACUGUGUAGUAGUGGCACAUGAUGGCAAAAAAAGGAUUAAGCUGUUUGGCUUGAGUGGAAGCUGUAUACAACAGUUUGGGGAAAGAGGAGAUGCAGGCAAUGAUAUUAAAUACCCACUUGACGUGACAGUCACAUUGGAUGGCCACGUGGUUGUCACAGACAGCGGAGAUCGCUCUGUGAAAGUGUUUGAUUUUAACGGAAGAGGCAAGCUAAUUAUCAGGGAAUCCUUUUGUUUGCCAUGGGGUUUGGAUACCACCCCAGAGAAUGAAAUUAUCCUGUCUGAUCCAGAAGCAGGUGCUCUUUCUCGCUUGACAGCCAAUUUUAAAAAAGGAGAACUAAAGAAGAUUCAGAAGAUCCAGUCUAACUUAUGCAACCCAAGAGAGGUGGCAGUUUCUCAGACUUCUGGAAUUAUCGCUGUAAUAGAGCACCUGAUAGCUAAGGGACCAAACUACAGCAGCACAAGAGUGAAGAUAUUCAGUGCUGACAUGAAACUCAUUGGCCAGAUGGAUAGCUUUGGUCUAAACCUAGUGUUUCCCUCCAAAAUAUAUGCCACUGAUUUGGCCUUUGACAGAGAGGGACACAUAAUAGUAGCAGAUGCCUAUAACCGAGUUGUAUUGUGCUUAGGAAAACCUGAGGAAUUUCCUGUCUUAAGGCCCAUAAUUACCCAAGGGCUUUCUUAUCCUGUGGCGUUGACUUACACAGCAAACAAUUCUCUGAUUGUCUUAGACAGUGGUGAUCAUUCAAUUAAAGUAUAUACUGCUAGCUGAAUUGUUUUGGAUUCUUACUAAUUUCGUUCCAUUUCACAUUUUAAAAGAAGUCAUUAUGGUUUUAUCAGAUGCAUGUGUGGGUUUUUUCUGCCAUGAUUUUGUGUGAAAUUUAUCAUUUUUAUGGACAUGCUGUAUGGUCUUUGACAUUUGCUCAUCAAUUCUGACUUCUGAGUAUGUGUGAAAGACAAACCGUGUAUUCUAAAUAGCACCAGACAAAGAGACCUCAACCAGAUGACCUGGCAUUUCUUCUAAACUAUUAUACGACUGUUACUACUCUUUUUGUGUGUGUGCUUAAAAUGAACAAUAGUUUUGUGUUAGAUAAUGGAAUCAAUUAUGAAGCAGAGAAUGACUUGCACCUUUUGGUUAUAUUAAUUGAAGUCUCACUUACAAAAUGUUGGUUUUUUUUUUUAUAAGGUGAGAUAAUCUCAUGAGAAAAGCAGCAAUUUUCAGAAAUUCUAUUAUAAGGGAGACUCUCUAGCUCAGGGGACUGGUAACUGGAAGUAGAACAUUUCACUUCAAGGUUACUUUAAUCCAAUUGAGAUCAGUAGUGACAAAGUAAUUAUCAUUGUUCAAUGGCCAGUUUGAAAUGAGUUGGGUGGUCAAAGUGAAGUUUCUCCACAUUACAGAAACCACCAUGAAGACUGCUAUUAUGAGAGGCCAGUGACUGAAUGGGCCUAGAGACUGACACACCAUCUCAUUCCUAGAGUAAUAGGAAGAUGGCAGCUGGGACAGAAGGAUCUAUUCUAGAAUGCUGCAGGCUACACUGAUUUUGCUUGUGUCAAAUGUGUGUUUUUUAGUUGAAUGAUACAUUAUAUAUUGAGUUUGUUAUGAAUCUCAUUGCUUUGCCUUGUAAAACACAGGGCAGAGAAACUAUUUAAAAUUCUGUCUUCAGUUAUUAAGGUUGGGUACCUAAAAUAUGGGCACCUAAAUAAAUGUCCUGUCCUAUGAAAGUGCUGACUACGUGCAGCUCCCACUGACUUAUGAAACUGCAUAAAUAUGGAUUUAGGUGACUUGGAACUUUUGGUCUCAGUUAUUGGGUGGCGGUGUAACCAUAUAACUACAGUAUAUUUUUCUCCUCCUGUUUGCUCUUUUAUUCUUUGAAAAUGUGUGCUAAAACUUAAAAUCAAUAAAAUGCUAUUUUUUAGGGGUGGGUGGGAUCCUCUGUGUUGUUGGAAUUUUUUUCCAUUUGUUAGGAAAAAUGCAGGAAUAGGCAGAAAUCUUUCUGUGAUCAUAAGCAAAUUAUUUUCAGUAACUAAGUAUAUCCUGAGAUUUGGUGUCAGUUGUAUAGAUAAUGAACUGAAAUGCCCUUGAUUUUGUUUUUCAUGUGUUUUCCUUUUUCUUUAUACAUAGAGCAGAAUUGUCACAUGCAUAUUUUGUAUACACCUGUACCUCAAUAGAACGCUGUCCUCAGGAGCCAAAAAAUCUUACUGUGUUAUAUGGAACUUGCUUUGAUCCGGCGGAGUGCGCAGCCCCGCCCGCCCUGGAGCACUGCUUUACCGCGUUAUAUCAGAGUUCAUGUUAUAUCGGGUAGUGCUAUAUCGAGGUAGAGGUGUAUGUCUUCCAUUGAUUUAAAAGAAGAGACCACAACAAUGGUGGUUUUACAAAGGCCUAAUGGUCAAAUACUGGUCCCAUUGAUUGAAGUCAGUUGGAAUUUUAACACAGACUUCAAGAGGAUAAACAUUUGACGCUGUGGGAGAGGAAUGACAAUGGAAAAGAAUUCAAACUCAGAUGUCCAUAUGAACCAAAUACAACUGUAUCAUUAGGUAAACCCUGGUUUCAUCUACUUUAUACAACCUUAGACUUACUGUGUCCCAGCACAUGGAAUGUCUUUCUAAAAGUUGGUUUGUUGGUUAUUUCUCCCAGACUCUUUAAUUUCAAUAACCAUUGCUUGUAUUAAAAAAAAUA